AUGUCAGACACCUAUAAUAAUGUUUCAUUAAAUGGGACAAGCUCCCCAAACCAGGGAAUAAUGAAUAUACCCAAAGACCAAAAAUCUUUGAAUCUUUUUAUUUUUUGCUUGACUUUUGUCAUCACAUUCUUAACCCUGCUGGGUAGCAUCUAUUCAUUAGUUUCCCUGCUGAGAAUGCAGAACAAAAGUACAGUUUCAAUGCUUGCAACUUCUCUAAGUGUGGAUGAUCUGAUUAGUGUGGUACCAGCAACAAUUUUUAUGCUCAAGCCUUGGUUGAAUGAGAUGCUUCCCCAGACUGUGUGUACCACUUCAGCGCUACUAUACUUAUUUCAAGGCUUCUCCAGCAACUUGAUGGGGUCCCUUGUUGUUUCCUAUAACUUAUACAGCCUCAAUAAAAUGGGAGAGAGCCAAGGGGCCACCAAGAGGCCAGUGAGCAUGAUAUGGGCUGUUCUUACUAUCUGGAUUGUCUGCCUGCUGAUUUGUAUUUUGCCUUUAUGUGGCUGGGGCACCUAUGCUCCCACCUCCUGGGGAUGCUUUGCUGACUGUUCCAGUUCGUAUAUCUUGUUCCUCUUUAUAAUCUACUCAUUGUGUUUCUGUCUCUUAGUUAUACUCUCCAUUCCUCUUAUUUAUCAGUUGCUGUGUUCAGAUGAGCAACAGCACUUUUAUGAUGAUUAUCAUCAAAUCACUGGAGGCCAUUUUUCUUCUGGGAUACUUCCAUUUGAGAGCCACACAUCUUCUCUUCCUACAGAAGGCACUAUGAAUAAAACCCAGAAGCACUGUCAAAACUCUGACCCAGUUACCAGACAAAAUCCAGCUGACCGUUGUCAAUUGGACCACUGUAGCACACGAAAUGUGCCACCUAACAACCGGAACAUCACUGUCGAAAUUGCUCAGAAACGCUUCUCGCUAAUUCUUGCUCUGACCAAAGUCAUUCUUUGGCUCCCAAUGAUGAUACAAAUGGUUGUUCAAUACACUGUUGGGUUUCACAAUCUUUCCUUUGAGAUAUUCAGCUUCCUGCUAACUUUGCUAGCUGUCACUGUCACUCCGAUGUUUGUCUUGUCAGAGCGCUGGAGUCACCUGCCUUGUGGCUGCAUUAUCAAUUGUAGAAAGAGCAUCUAUACAGUGUCAUCAGAGGAAAACAAAGCCAAAAGAAGAGACUUUGAGUUCAAUUUGUCCUUUCAACAAGGUUAUGGAAUCUAUAAGAUAUCCCAGGACAAUCGCCACAGUGAUGAUAGCAAUUCAAUAUCCUACCACAGCUUGCUCAAUUGCGAUUGUGAGAACACAAAAGGAACUCAAAAAGAAAGUAGCAAAAUGGAGUUCAGCACCAUUUCCAUAGUGGACAGUUCCACAUGUAAAAAUGUCGCUGGUUGCAACAACAUUGACAGCAUAGAUACCAGGAAAGACUUAAGCAAGGAUAAAUUCAUAGACUGCCUAAUGUCUGACAAAAUGUCAUAUAAAAAAGAAGAGGUCCGGAAUAUUGAAAAAGGACCUUUUUUUGAAGGACCAGAAAGAAGGUUGUCUCAUGAGGAAGGCCGGAAACCAGAACUCUCUGACUGGGAGUGGUGCAGAAGUAAGUCCGAAAGGACCCCUCGACAGCGUUCAGGUGGUGCCUUAGCUAUUCCUCUGUGUGCAUUUCAAGGAACAGUGUCUCUCCAAGCUCCCACAGGAAAAACCCUCUCUUUAUCUACAUAUGAGGUAAGCACAGAAGGACAAAAAAUCACUCCCACAUCCAAGAAAAUCGAAGUGUAUCGCUCCAAGAGUGUGGGCCAUGAGCCAAAUCCUGAGGAUUCUCCAACCACAUUUACUGACACCAAUGUGAAGAUUCACUUAGAGGUACUUGAAAUUUGUGACAAUGAAGAAGCCAUGGACACUGUUUCCAUCAUUAGUAAUAUUAGCCAAUCCUCUGCCCAGGUCCGCUCUCCAUCCUUACGUUAUUCUCGGAAAGAAAAUAGAUUUGUCUCAUGUGAUUUAGGAGAAACAGCAUCUUAUUCACUCUUCAUACCAUCAAGCAAUCCCAACAGUGAUCUGAACAUAUCCAUUCCUGACACUGUCGAAGCUCACAGGCAGAACAGUAAAAAACAGCACUUGGAAAAAGAGGGUUAUCAAGAAGAAAUACAAAUGUUAAACAAAGCAUACAGGAAAAGAGAAGAAGAUGGACUUGGCAACUAA